AUGGGAGACCCCUUCGGCCGCUGGAGCAGCAGCCCCUCCCGGAGCGAAUAUGAGGACAGGACCCCGCUCCAACAUCCCAACAGCUUCGCCCGCCUCAGCGGGAAGAGCAUCUACAACCAGCGCAAGGACUACGGGCAGACGCUGCUCAAGCUCCAGAACGAUUUCCAGCACCGCGUUGAGCACCUGCUGACGAUGCCCCUGGAGCGGGAGCUGCGCAGCGCCGAGGAUUGCCUGGGGCGCCUGCGGGAGCUGGAGGAGCAGGGCCGGGUCUGGGGCCAGGAGGUCCUCCUGGAGGUCAAGGACCAGGAGCUGGUGCUGAGCGAUGUGGAGAGCAAGGAGGAGCUGGAGGCGUUCCCGCUGGGAAGCGUGCAGGGAUGCUCGGCCGGGCUGGACAACGCCGUGCUGGCCAUCAGCGUGCAGGAGAGGAACCGUCCGAGAACCAGCGUGCUGCUCUUCCAGUGCGAGCGCCUGGGGGCAGAGACGCUGAGGAGAAGCCUGGAGAAGGCGCUGGGGCAGAGGAAGGAGGAGCAGAGCAGCCACUUCGGGCACAGCCCCCCGGAGCCCCCCCCGUACGCGGCCCCGGAGCGCUGGGCAGAGGCCCCCGAGCCCGACCCCCACCCACCCCCCCGGCGGGGACCGCUCUCCUCGGAUUUCCGUGCGCCGGAGCUCCCGCAGGUGUCCCGGGGCCGAGCUCCCGGCCAGGCCGUGCCCGAGGCGGAGCGGGAUGCUGAGAUCCUCAACCACGUCCUGGACGACCUGGAGCGCUUCGUGGGGCGGCUGAAAACGGCGCUGAGCUCGCCCAGCACCAAGAAGAAGCUGAAGAAGAAGUCAGCGCUGCCCCCAAAGGAUGAGUACACGGAUUUCUUCCAGAAGGUGAAAUACGCCCUCAACCUCUUGGGACGGAACCGCCGCUACGUGACGGACCCGGACCCCCCCGAGCUGCUGCGCCUCAUCUUCUCUGCUCUGUCCUUCGUGCUCGGGCACUGCCCCAGCCCCGGGCUGGCCCCGGCCGUGCAGAGCCCGCUGCUCGUGCCCGAGGCGCUGCAGCUCCUCGAGGAGACCCUGGGCGAUGACGAUUACGGAGUCUGGAAGAGCCUCGGCACCGCCUGGAACAAAUCCAGGGCCGAGUACCCCAAUAGCGACCGGGUGCCCGCGUACACCCCGGUGUUUUCGGACGGGUGGCUGCCCCCCGUGAUGGAGCAGGAGCGCCGGGGGAGCCUCCAGGACAGCGCAGCGCCUGCCUCAGUUUCCCCAGCUCUGUCGCGACCCUCGCGGUCCCUGCCCCCCGCCCAGGCACCGGGCACGGGCUGGAGGGACCAUCCCGGCCGAGGGAGGUGGGCACUGACGCAGCCCCUCCGCACCCCCAGAUCCCCGCUCCCCGCCCAGGGGCUGGUCCGAGCCCUGUACGACUUCCAGGCCAGGAACUCGCAGGAGCUGAGCGUCAGGAAGGGGGACACGCUGCAGGUGCUGGACCAGCAGAGGAAGUGGUGGCUGGUGCAGGACGAGCGGGGGGACAGGGGACACGUCCCUGGCAACAUCCUGGAGCCCCUCCCGGAGCCGGGGCUCGGCUCCACACAGGACAGUCCCCCCACCCUGCACCCCAACUCCUCGCCGGCAGAGGUGACGGCCUGGCUGCUGGACAAGGGCUUCUCACGGAUCACGGUGCGGACCCUGGGGGUGCUGCGGGGACGCGAACUGCUGCAGAUGAGCCCGGACGAGCUGCGAGGGGUCUGUCCCGAGGAGUGGCGCAGGGUCCUCUUCAAGCUGUCCCCCAUCAGGACAUCCCUGGGGAUCGGCCCCAAUGACUGAGCCCCCGAGGCC